GCUCCUGCUUUGCCACAUGGCCAGCCAGCCACGUGGAGGACCAACCACCUCCUCAAUCUACCUCCAUCUUGACAUCAAUCCGGUUUUAUUUCUGAGCAUCUGUUUGAAGUACCCUCCAAGUCACUUGGACGGGGAAGCUGGAUGUGCAACCUCUGAGUAAGGGCAAGAUCUCUCUUUUUUGCCAUGUCAGCUGACAGCCACCAACUCCACACUCAUUCUUAUGAGCACUCACAAAGUUCUACUUGUCAUGGACUCUUGAAUGUCAACAGUCACCCCUUGUCAAAGAGCUCCUCAAAUCUGGCCUGUCCUGAGCAAUCAAGUUUAGAAGAAAGGCAAUGCAACAAACAUGACCUGAAGAAAAGCCAUAGUAGCACCAUCUGCCAUGCCUUGAGGAGCAAGAGUGAUGCAAGCAAAGUGGCAAGUCCCGAAUGGUCCUUCUCACAGCCUGAGAUGAUGGGACUUGGGUCAGUGGUCCAAACCAUAAGUGACCAGUCAGCCAAUGACAAUUCACAGAGCAGAGCUAAGACUACAAACCAUUUUCUUACCACUGAACAGUCCACAGCAUCCUGGGAAGUGGAAGACACAAAAAUGUGUGUAAAGAGCAGUACUGUGGAGAAUAUUUCUUCAGCCUGCACUGCUAGCCAGCAAAGCAUGUGUAACAUGGAAGAACCAGGAACUGCCCUUCAGAGAAGCCACUCAGACCUAACUUGCAGAUGCAAGCAGCAGACUUGUGUCACUCAUAUAGAAACCAGUGCUACUCACUCCAGCUUGAGCAUCCCCAGCUGCAGACAUGGCCCACUAGGGGCUAGGAUGUCUAUCCAAACACAGAGACAUGGGUCAGAAACAAAUGAAAAUCCAUCUCAUUACCAAAACCUUGUGACUCAUUUCCCAGUUCUACCUGGAGACCAAAAAGUACCUACAACUAGCUUGGACAGCAGUAGUAUUCCUCAAAACACUGCUGUUUACACCAAUCCUGGAACAUUUCAUACUGCUGUUCUAGGACCCCACAUGCCUGGAAAUGAUUUCUCAAGCAGAACAGUGUUCAGUCAAGCCACUGGGAUCAUUCACAGUGGUCUGACUUACGGUAAUAUUCCAAACUCUGCAUACUCCCCCAUGGCGAUGACAGUCCAUAACAGUUCUGCAGGGCCCUGUAAUGCCAGGCAGGAGCCUUACCUGAAGGUAGAUGCCACCAUCCCUGCCUACUGCCAUCCUUUGCCCAUACCAUCUAUCCAACUUGUUCCACGGUUGGUGUGCUCAGUUAGUGAGUCAGGAAAAGAGCAGGCAACACCAGACUAUUUUCAUGCCUUUUCUGCUUCAGACAUUCUGACAUAUCCUAAGCUGGUGUCUUCAGUCAGUGAAUCAGGCCUGGAUGCCAAGAGGGUCCUGAAGUGCUGCAGCACUCCUGGAGAACAAUUGCAACAUGUUCAUCAGUGUUCUCAGCAGGAGAGAGUUCCUGCAGAAGCAAAGGCUGCCUGUGUUGUCUUUAGUAGCCAGCAAGACAUAGCAACGACAACCAAGGAUAUGUGGACUAUGACCUCUAUGAAUGAUUUAACCAAAGGACUGAAACCAGCUCUUGAAUGCAGAGAUGCUGAGGUGCAAACUCUCCCAACCAUGGAAUGCAAGUCUGUGGCAACAAGCCCAGCAACUGCAGCAGAGGGGCACACACAUGUGUUCCCAGAGGUCAGCCUAGAGCAAGGCUUGGAAGCUCCCAAAUCUCCAGUACGGGAAGUGAGGUGGGAUGACGAAGGAAUGACAUGGGAAGUGUAUGGGGCAUCUGUGGAUCCAGAAGUCCUUGGGUUGGCAAUUCAAAAACAUCUUGAGAUUCAAAUAGAGCAAUUCCAGACGGAGCCUGCCCAGCUGGCUGAGAAAAGUAACGAGGAGCCACCUUCUGAUAAAACGGAGAAGAAGAGGCCAUUCAGGACAAUGAUGCACUCCCUCAGAUACCCAAGCUGCUGUGCUCGUUCCAGCACUGCAGUGGAGUGAGAACAGCUGUAGAUGUAGGGCAGCUGUGCUGCUUUUAGACUGUGACUCUCAUGGAACCACUCCUUCAGGAUAAGUGGGAAAAGCAAGGAAUAACCCAUGGCUGGGCCAUAGAACAGAGGGUGCAAAGUUGUAGCUACAUCUGGGUGUGAUUAAUGUAGCACUUUUUUAUUCUUCUGUCUUAAUUUAAAAGCAUAUGGUAAAGGCUGAGACUCCUUUUCUAAAUGAUGCAUCUUUUUAACAUGAUGAUGGCUGUUCCCUGUGUUUGAAUAACACAGGGUUAGAAAGCAAAGCUAGAAAAUGCUCCUUAAAGCAAAGUUCUUAUCUUUCAAUCCCACUCCCUUGAAUUGUGUUGGGAGUUAUUUUACUGUUAGUUUAUAUUAAUGCUGACUAUAAGCCCACUUUAACUGUAGAGAAGACAAAGUAGUGCAGUGCUGCAUGGCAAAGCAUUUAAACAUUUGUUAUGCUACUCCAAACUUGUUUGGAGGUUCUGGCAACCAGCAACAGAACAAGGGGACACAGUUUCAACUUGUGCCAGGGGAGAUCUAGGCUGGAUGUUAGGAGGGAGUUGUUGGCAGAGAGAGUGAUUGGCAUUGGAAU